AUUCUCAGGAGGAGCUUGAUGUCUCCUUAGUCACCGUCCGGAUACGGAAGGUGGUAUCUUUUAAGUUAGUUUACCGAUAGUUGGUUUGUGUGUUUUCAUUGAAUUAAUCUACUUUGGCUUCAGACGUUUUUUGUUAAUUUAAUAAGCUGGUAAAAUGGCUAAAAUGAACAAAUUGGUUACCUCUUCCAGAAGGAAGCAAAGGAAGCGACACUUCAAUGCUCCAUCUCACAUUAGACGUAGGAUUAUGUCUUCUCCUCUCUCUAAAGAACUUAGAACUAAAUACGGUGUUCGAAGUAUGCCUAUCCGAAAAGACGAUGAAGUACAGGUUAUUAGGGGUCAUCAUAAAGGUUCCCAAGUUGGUAAAGUAGUUCAAUGUUACAGAAAGAAAUUUGUGGUUCACAUAGAACGUAUACAACGAGAGAAAGCUAAUGGUGCUUCUGUUAAUAUUGGUAUUCAUCCAUCUAAAGUUGUAAUUGUUAAAUUAAAAAUGGAUCGUGAUCGUAAGCAAAUUAUUGAAAGACGAGCCAAAGGAAGAGAAUUGGCUGAAGGAAAAGCCAAGGGAAAACACACUGAAGAAACAAUUAUGGAAACAGCUUAAAAGAAAUAUUUACAUGUUUGUUCUUUUCUUCGACCAUUUAAUAACAUUAAAGAAUUGAGAAGAACAAGAA